UGGUACCUACGUAUGAUAACACGAGCAGGUUCGAGCCGAACUGGUUAAUCAUCAUCGGUGUUCUUGAGCUACUACAAGGUUGAGUCAGCCAGAAAUCGUUCGAGAACGAGCAGCUACGCGUCACGCGUCAACAUUCCGUAGAAAUUUGUAAGAAUUGGUUCCUAAUCUCGACGAUAACAGGUUCGAAGUUCAUUCCGGUCGAAGCAGUCGGGAAGUGUUUUGUUGUGUGUUCUUUGGAAUCGGAAGUGUUCUGAAUCAUCAUCAUCAAUAUCGCUUUCAACCGGAUUAGGGACUACCAAUUAAGUGCGGCUAAGCAUUAGUGUACGUGCAAAUAUUUGACAGUGGUGCUUCGGCAGAGUAUUGUUAUUUUUGUCAACUCCAGUUGAGUCACCACCCCCUCUGUGUACACUCACACACAUCCGCCUACUUGGUGUAGAAAAAAUUUGGUAGAGGCGCCUGGUGUAGUACAAGAUAGGAAAGUUUUUUUUUCGUAUUGUCGGUUCCUGUCUUCUCAAGGAAGACGAGUGUGAGAUUGUGCAGAGAACCCCUCUUGGUAAAACACACGUACCGGCAUCAUAGCUCCGGUUUCGUCUGGUCUUGCUUGCUUAGUCCAGUCCCUAUCGGCUUCCCCCUGAGUGCGUCUGUGUGGUGGUAGAGUAGAUAUCUGUCCGAAAAGCUCUCGCAUCCGAGACGACCGUAAAACGCAGACUAACGAACGAGCUUUGCCAACACACUAUUGCUGCGCUGCUGCUGCUCUUAUUGCUGUUACUGCUGCUGUGACUACUGUUACUGCACUCCCUAGGCGUGGACCGCUCGGAAACCCAUCGCUGUUUUACGACUACGUCGCUCUACGAUUUUCGCGAGUGCCGCCACCCCGUGGCAGUAUAGAGUGUGUUAUUUCCGGCGAAAGUGUGUGACAACAACGCCCCAAAAAGAUAGCCAUUCCAAAGAAGAAAUUUGUCUCGAAGAGUGUGUUUCCGAAAUAUCCAAGUUUCUCCCCACAAUCUAGUGCAAGUGUUUGUUCCCGAAGGCCGCGACAAGCCCAUCAAGUGUAUAUCAUCAAGCAUAGUGUCUGCGGCGUAAAAGUCGUCACCAAGAAAAAGUUAGUCCUCCUCGUCAAGUUCUGUGUCCUCGCGCUAGAGAGUUCGUCUGCCAUACGAUCCUCUAUAUCUACUGCCAGCAGUUUGUGUCCAAGCUAGGCAAAACCGGUGUGUUCCGUCUACGACGAGUAGUUGUUAGUUCCGUGUCUGUGGUUUUCAGUGACAUCCAGUGUUUCUCCAUCAACAACCAUCAGAACCAAUCCAAAGGCGACAACAGCUCGGAUUCGGUUAACCGUAAAAAUUGGAUUAUAUUACACCCAGCAGUAGUCGUUGGCCGGCGGCUGUCCAUCCCACAGUGCAGUUGCUCCAGAUCAAUAUAAUUAAAACACGCAUCCCGGAACGAGGCCAUCGCGCUACGGUUGAUCCGUUGCACUAGAGCAACAGCCACAAAGGCAGCACGACAGCAGCGCCCCGGAGCGCCUAUCCUGGAGCACCACCGCCCUCAGCCGGCGCCCAGACGGCCUCACUGAAAGGAGGUGCCCAGAGACCCGCUAUGACUAGUCCAGCCGGCGGAAUCCCCGGUGGUCCAUACAGAGGAACUGGCUACGGUUACGCGCCGACACAGCAGGCGGCCUACCGAUACACGGCCCCGCUCACGGCGCAACCGACAGCCUAUGCGACCUACACACCACACACCACUACCACGGUAAGCUUACUAGCACCGUCGGAGUCCACCUUUUAUAACACGAAGCAUCAGUACGGCCAGCGAGUCCCGACGGCGGCAUCACCCAGCAACACAAACUCCAGCAGCUCCUCCAACACCGGAUCCCAGAGUGGCACGCUGAGUACGAGUCUGAGCAACACCACCAACACAAACAACACGAUGGGCCCGAGCAGCACCCCGCAGCAAACCGAACAGCUCUCGAAGACGAAUCUGUACAUCCGGGGCCUGCAGCAGGGCACGACCGACAAGGAUCUGGUCAAUAUGUGUGCACAAUACGGUACUAUCAUCUCCACAAAGGCAAUACUAGAUAAAACAACAAACAAAUGUAAAGGUUACGGAUUUGUUGACUUCGAAUCGUCGGCGUGCGCCGAAGGUGCCGUCAAAGGUCUCCAAGCGAAGGGCAUUCAAGCCCAGAUGGCCAAAGUGGGUAUCUGGGUGCUACAUAGGCCGGCCAUUCAGCAACAAGAACAGGAUCCCACUAAUCUGUACAUCGCUAAUCUACCACUUAACUAUAAGGAAACGGACGUGGAAAACCUUCUUUCCAAGUACGGUCAGGUUAUCUCGACAAGAAUUUUGCGCGACCAGAACACUCAGUCCAAGGGUGUCGGUUUCGCUCGGAUGGAGUCUCGAGAGAAAUGCGAACAAAUCAUUCAGAUGUUCAACGGGACGCAGCUGCAGGGUGCCAAGGAACCGUUGCUAGUGAAGUUCGCCGAUGGAGGCUCUAAGAAGAAGAACGCCUUCAAGAGCCCGGAUCCGAAUGCCCGGUCCUGGCGCGAUGGAGCCGAAGGUAUUCCGGUCACGUACGAUCCCAAUCUGCAGCAAAACGGUAUCGGAGUGAAUGUAGGUGCCCACAUCGGGAUGCCCUAUGGCCGGUUUGGAACCCCACAGGUCGGCGGCUAUGCCAUGCCCGGAUCCCAGUGGGUUCCCGGGUACAUGAUGACCCAACCGAUUGCCCCAGUCGAUGAUCAGGUGCUUUCGCUAUCUCCAAAUCCGCAGCAGUACGUGCAGAUGCAAACACCCCAUCUGAGCGUCGGAACGCCGUACAAAACGGACACCGUCACUCCGGUUCAACCCCGGGGUGUUUCGAUGAUCAUGUCCAGUGAAAACCCGGCUGCCGCCGUACCGUACGGAAUGAUGCCGCAGCUCACCACACUUCAAAUUGGAUCAUCGUACAUAAGUUCGACGUAUCCAUACUACGCGCCCACCCCGUCGAUCAUCCACACGAUGCAGAUGGGCGACUCGGAACAGGUGAGCACAGCGGCUUCCCCGGAUGAGGCCUACACCACACAGUAUCAGCACGCACCCAAGUAGACAGCUGCGGCUCCUUCGUUGGACUCCUUUGAUUGGUCGACUCCGUAUCCGAGACAGCCCAACAGAUUCUAGUAGGUGAUUCCUAGACCGAUCGAGUCCGAUGUUUCUAACAACUUCUUGAUGUAGAAGGAGGAGGAGGUGUUUUCAAAAGAAAGAAAGAUAAGAACAACUAUCGCUGGGAAAGAAAAUCAACCGUCAGUUAAUCGAGAAGAAGAGGCCCAGUGAUCGUGUCAUUGCCGUUGGCAUAGUUUCAGUAAUUCGUCACAAUGAGUGACGCCACGAGAUCAACAAACACACACAUUUUUACCGAAAAUUUACCCGCGCAGCGACCUUCCUUAGCUAAGUGAGAGGAUCUGAUGAAUGCUUUCUCUGCUAGUGUAUUAGAGAUAGAGAUUCGCCAGAAAUGCCUGAGCGAUUUGCUAAAAUCGUCUUUCUAGGGAGACACAAAGUUGUUAAGUGGCGAAGUUAUUUUGAUUAUUUGCUUCAAAAAGAAGUGUGGUUGAAAUGACAUAUGUAUUUCUAACAACUAAAAGGGCCUCUCAUCACGCCCAAACAGAACUACUAACUCGAACAGCAAGCAUUAAUAGAACGAUACCUCAUUUGAGACGAACAACAUUGGUAAUUUUUUAAACAAAAUAAUUAAACGUCAAGCUAAGGGUGAAGAUUCAGUACGGUUGAGCUCGUUGAGAAAUUAAAGACCAAUAAAAAGAAAACACGAACAAGACAAAGAUGAAUUAGCUAAAUCAGAACAUUUUUCCAAAACAAUAACAAAUGAAAGAAAAACACAUUCGACAAAUUUUUAACGAAAAUACCGCAAAACCGAAAAAAUGGAAUACACGUGCGUAUGUGACGGGCUAUUCGGCAUUGAUCCCGGUUUAUUUUUUUUCUUAUUUGGGAUCGCCGUUUUUAUAAGAUAGAAAUUUACAAGUAUAAAAUUAAUUUAUUUAGAUGUUUUUGUUAUGUUUCAAAAUUUAUUAUUUUGCUUUGGGUAUUAAAGGCAAUGGUAUAUCGACGAGCAGACAAUUUUUAUCUACUUUUUAAAAUUGUGGUUCCAGAGAAAACAAUUUAUAUAACAGGAGAAAAAGGGCACACGAUUAUCAUUGCCAACACAAAAAGUUAGGCUUCUCAAUUUUAAUUUUGUUUUUACUUUUUGCGUUGUUGUUUUUUUUUAAUUUUUGGUUAAAAUUAUUUAUUGUUUCGCUAUCUCAUCAACAGGGAAUACAAUGAAACUCGAAACCCAAGCGAGAUGAACUGAAAUGAAAAAAAAAAGAAAAUAAAAAUCCUAUUACCUUCAUAUUUUGCGUUUUUAACUUUUUGUUCUCAACAAAAAACGAUCACCGAGGACCUCUCUUGGGUGCCUCUUUAAAAUUGUGGAAAACCAAAUACAUAAAACAUUUACACAGAUUAUGUUCGCGAAUCAGAGAGGGAAAAAACUUUCCCAAAACUUCCAAAUAAUUCCCAGCAGUUUUCUUCAAAUCCCAGACUUGAUCAAAAAGCCAGCGGAAGAGAAAUGUAGGAGAGUUUUGAGAGCAACGGAAAACGAACGAGUGAAUGUUGUGAGAAAAGAAUGGCUAGUUGCUUUUAGGAUAAUUUUUAAUUUAUUUUCUUGUUAAUUGUAAGGCUUUAAAAAUAACAGAAAAUUCUAGAUUGAUCAUUUUUCUUUUCGUUCGGAACUGAGUACAUUGUGCUGAGGACACAAAACUGAUGAGAAAAAGGCCAGAUGGGGAAAAGGAAAAGAUGCAAAAGAAUGCUAGCUCAUAAUUUUAGUUUUUAGUUCUUAGAUAGACCGAUUAAUAAAAUUAAAACUUAGCUAAACAAUUUAAACAACAACAACACAGUUAAGUAGAAGAACUAAAGGAAGCAACAGAACUAAGCGGAAAGAAAACAAAUUUGAGGAAUGAAUUCUGUGGAAAAAAACGAGCAUAGACAACAUCAAAAGCGUAGGAAGUUUUUUUUUAAUUUUUGCAAUUUCUCUUCUUUUCUUCUGAGUUAGUUGUACUUGUUUUAGUUUUAAGAACCAACUGAUGAUGCAACACAGCAAAGUGCUUGAAACGCAAAACUGGAUAAGAAAAAAAAAUUAGUUUAAAACACUGAUAACAAAAAAAAUUCUGAAUGCUAGACCGGAGGAACGAAUGUGAUGUCUCAAAAAAUCUAAAAAAGAAAAAGAACAACAGAAGGAGUUGAAUGAGAGAAACAAAUUGAUGCUUUUGUUUAUUUUUGUUAUUAAUAUUAUAAUUUUUUUUUUGAAAGUGUGAAUCUUAUCAAGUAAGAGACAAAUGAAAUCUAAGAAAUUAAUUGAAUAAACGUGAUCCAGCCCCAGGGUUUUGUCCCCCAGCUGAUGGAGAAGAAGGAAAGCAAAACACAAAACUUCUUUCAAUUGGCUUCUUUAUUCGAAAUAAAAUCUACAUUAAGCAUAGAAAGAAAAAGUCCAAUCUUCGAAAAUGUUGCUAAACAUCUUUUUUAAAACACCGAUGGUGGAAAAAAAUUCAAAAGACAAAGGAUGCUUCGAAAUCACUACUCGAAAAAUCUCAAUCAAAAAUUGUUAACUUAAUAGAAAAUGAUGACAGCUUAGGUGUGAAAGAUUUAAAAUUCAACAAGAUUAUCAACUCACAUAAACUGAUAACUCGGACUCAUAUUUUAAAUUCAGUUCAGUUCAGAUUUUUGACUCAAAAUCUGAACUCAGGAUUCGAAAAUUGGAUUCGGAAUCGGAAUUAGAACUUGCAAAUCGAACUCGGAAAUUGAGCUCAUUUUUUAGACUCGAAAUACGGACUGGAAAUUUUGAUUCGAAAUCCGGAGUCGAAUUACGGAUUCGAACCAAAAUACGGAAACCCUCGAUAUUUCGACUCUUUUCGAAAGCCGACUUCAGAUUCAAUAUUCGAACUCGGAUGACGGGCUCGGAAUUCGGAGUUGAAAUACGGAGUUAGAAAUCGAACUCGAAAUUCGGAGUCAAAUUACGAAUUUGAAUAAAGAAUUUAAAAUUCUAACUCGAAUAACGACCUGGGUACUCAAAAUUCUUACAUGAAAUGCGGACUCAGAAUCAAGGCUCGUAAUUGUAACUGAAGUUUGAUCUUGAAAACAGGUAUCGAAAUUGGAACUCAAAGUUCGGUCUCAAAAAUCGAAUUCAGAUUCGAAAUUCUCAUUUUAAAUAUUGCUUUGAAAUUCUGACUUGAAAUUCAAACUCGUAACUUGGAUCUAAAAUCCGAAUUCAAAAUUUGAAAUCGAAUUUCGGACUUAAAAUUCAAAACCUGAAUCCGAGCUCAAAAUUCCGUCUCUGGAAAGAAAUCUAGAAAAAUAGGGAUAUUCGUUAUUUCAACCCGGAAUUUGGACUCGAAAUUAGGAUUCGAAUUCGAAAUUUAAAAUCAAAAAUCAGACUCUUAAUAUGGAUUUAAAAUUCGAACUCGAAACUCGGAUUCGGAAUUCAGUCUCGAACUCGAAUUGUAGAUUCGAAAUUAACACUCGAAUAACGGUUUCAAAACUGUUAAGACUAGGAAUUUUUACUCGAAACUUUAACUCAAAUUUCGGACUCUAAAUUUAACGGGUCUAAUUCGACCUCAAAGUUUUGAUUUAUGGGAUGAAUCAUUCAAUAGGAUGAAAAUCCCUGAAAGAAAAAAUCGAAGUUUUGACACAGAAAAAUCAUUGCAGAUAAAAAUCGAAACUCAGAUUAAGCGAUAAUAAUAUUACUGGUCUGGUGAAUGAUAAUAGUUUCUUAAAUCGUUUUGAAACAAUUGAAAAAAUGUAAUAUGAAAUAUUUAACGUGGUGUUGAAUUUUUAAGGCUCGAUUUCGAACAAAAGGUAUUUUUUAUGUUUUGAUUUGAUUUAUUUAUUACUUUAAUUUAUUUUUUAUUUCAGUUAACCGAUGUAAGCGCACAGACGUACACACUCACGUGAGGAUUCCAUUCGUUGGUUUUGUCGUAAUCAACCAAUAACAGGAUUUGAAACAGUCACACAUGGGAUUCAGUGAAAGCAUUAUAAAAUCGACCUGUGGCAAUGAAAGAUAAAAAAAAACAUCAAAAAUAACUUCCAAGGAAGCAUAACAUGAAAAUUGUGCCUUUUCACAAUUUUUCUGUCUCGUUUCACCCGAAUAAGAAAAUAAACCCAAAUAAGAAAGUUGAAGAUAGAACAAAAUCUGACUAACAAACAGCUGAAAAGGAUUGAACAGUUUCAAUUGUAAAAUAUCAACAACAACAUCAACAAAACAAGAAAGUAAAAGUGCUAAACGGUGUCAAAAUCUUGAAAUCUGAACAACUCAGAGAAACUGAAGCAAAACUACGCAUUAAAUAAAGAAGAAAUACUACAUAAAAGUUCAAGAAUAAGAGAUAACCCAAAGAUAAACUACCAACUCAAUUUUUCUACACACAUAUUUUUGAAAAUCCCCUUUUGUCGAGCUGUUAAAAUGAAAAUAAUGAGAAAAAUAAGAAGAAGGCGAAAUACGGAAGCAAAAGAUACGUUGAAGAGAAGGCGAGUUUUCAGAAUACUUCAAAACAAAAAAGGAUCGCAAAUACGACACAUUGGUUAUUCGAGGGAGCGUUAAAGGGAACUGAGACAAAUAUGAUGCUUAAAUGCACGUGUAAAAUCUGUUAUUUUCAUAACUACUUGUCGAGUAUCUAAGAAGGAGUACACACUAACAAUACAAAAAAAAGCAAACGACAUGUCUAAGCAAAACUGAAUCAACAAACAAACAUACAGAAACUUCAACUGCUAAUGAAACAAAAUCAGAGGAAAUAAAAUAAAACGGCCAAGCGAAGCCGAAGAUGGUAUAUAUUUUCGAAUGCAUAAUUUCAGUGUCGAAUCGUUAAAUAAAAGCAAACAAACAAAUAAAUAAUAAAAACCUUAAAAAUGAACGGCGACAUUAAUCAAUCGCAAAGAGACAUAAAAAUUGGGAUUCAGAAAAAAUCCAGUAAGACGAAACACAGAUAACAACACCUCGAUAGUCUUUUUUUUUUUAACGUAAAUGGCACACGAUCGAGUAAUCGCGACCGAAUACGCCGAGUGAAAAUCACAUGAAAAAGACAAAUUUUAGCAUCCCUGCAACAGUAGUAGAUGACCCUCAUGCUCCUCACACUUGUUUCACUUGUCCCACCCUUAUGAAUCACAUUUUUCGAGGCCCAAAUUGGCAGAAAGAAUAAAAACUACUCACCUAAAAUUUGAACUAUCUCACGAUCCUAUAAUUUUUAAACUAUAACAACACCAACCGAGAAAAAAUGUACGCUUUUGUCGACUGUUGCAGUACUUGUUUGAAGGGGGUACUAGAAUCGCUUUUCCGAGGGAUAUUUGUUUCAAGUGGAUCGAGAAUUCCGAUCAACUGGGCGAACGAUGGCUUCAGUGUGUAUAAAACCAAGUAAUAAUCAAGCGUUUUAUCGAUUAUUUAUUGCAUAUAUACACAAUAUAGGACGACUAUUAUUUUAGAACAUAAAAGAUUUAACAAAAAAAAAACAAUGGAAGAAGGAAAACCGCUAUGUGAUAGUAUUUCCAAACUGUGAUACGAAAUAUUACAUUUUUGUUUGUUUAUUAUUCGAUGAGGAAAAGGGAGGGAGAAAUCAUCAAAUAUUGUAUAGCUUAUUUAUUGACGGGGUGAAAAACGUAACGGAAAUUAUUCAUAAGGUGUACUAAUCCACUAUUACGCUCUAGUCCUACGAAUCACACUCUCAAACUAAUCUCGAUUUUUUGCUAUAGGCCCAUUCAUGGAUGAACUUGAUUGAUAUGACACACGUGUAUGAUAAUAUUUAUUCCCAACUAUCGAAAGCCGACUGGGGGAAACUUCUUUUUUCCCCAGAGGCCGAGUGUGUGUAACCGGGAUUGUAUCGCUCACAGCUCUCUCGAUUUUUUCAGGGACAUCGUAAAACGUAAGUAUCGUAAUAUUCAAAUUUUAUAUAUCACACUUAAGGAAUUUUAAUACACACUGAGCCGUCUAGCCACAGGACUUGAAUCUACUCAAGGGAAAAGUAAGCUAUUCCCUUGAACUUAGUACUGCAGAGUCCAAUGAAAAAGAAAAUAACAAAUCAAACAUCUUCGCUGAGUACUUCAUCUCCUCUCACGAAAAAAAUAGGACAACAAAUAAAAACCCCUUCGUUCGAUCGCAGUGUUAAACGAGUAUAAUCGCCAAACCUUUAACUGACAAACUUAUACUUUUGUCUUAAUGUUGUUGAUUUUACAUUCUUACUUGAAACAAAGAAGAACCACUGCGAAAUCUAUCUAAAAAAAACCAAUCCAAAAAAUCAGCCACGCAGCAACUAUUCACUAAAAAACCAAAAAGAUAUGAAAAGACAACAUGAAAAUCUUCCAUCUUUGAAAACACUUAACGAGAACACUAUUAAGGAAUGUAUACAAUAAAUAACUUUAUUAAAGUAAUUAUAAACAAAAACGAAGAAUUAUGAGAGGAGGACUAAAACCAAUGACUGAACAUAUUUUGCAUCUUGCAAGCAAACAUACAAACAAAAAUCGCAAGCAAAGACGCAAAUGAAAAAAAAAACAUGAAGCUAACAGAACGUACUAAUUGUUGAAAAUUGUAUAAAAACGCAAACAAGCUGUCUAAUGGUACAGGAACACCGAAAAACUUACACACACUCACUCACUCACUCACACAGAGAUCAUCACAACAACAAAAGUUUUAAACCUAUAUUUUCUUAUUUAUCACAGCGCGGCUGAAGGAAAAAACAUGACAUUGUAAAACAAACAAAUAUAAAUAAUUGACGAACCCAAUCACACUAGAGUAAAGGGUCCCAUUCAGCAGAUGGAGAGAGACGAUUGAUGUGACAGAAACCUAAGUCAGACUAUUUUUACUUAUACAUUUAAACAACAAAACCAAAACAAAUGAAAAUAAACAAACGAGUACCCUGAGAGAAGUUAUCAGAUUAAAAAAAACGAAAACCAGGUGCAGUAGUGACACGAAAAGUUACGUUGAGAAUAAAUUCCAAACUAAACAAAGGAACCCGCGCCCUUAACACGGAUAAAUCGACUGCACUACUGUUAUACGCCAUCAAGUGGUUAGCAGAGGAGAAUCCAACAAGCAAACUUAAAUCUACAUCAGCUGAAGAGAAGCGAAAAAAACAGAAAUAAUUCAAGUUUUGAAGAUCACUCAAAGUGAUUCUUUUACGCUAGAAAUCUAAAUAUAUGAAAGAAACAAACCCUUCAUCAAAAAUGAUACCCUAACGAGGUAGAAAAAAAAGAAAUCGAGCAAACUAUAUAGACAAAUUUAAUCAAAAAAAAUCCACAAGGAAGCAAAUAUCUGAAAAGACGAACACGAAGAGACAAAGAAACUAGUAGAACAACAACAAACAAAUAAAACAAAACUGAAAAAAACAUACAGAAAGCAGAAGUAGCAAGGUUUCGCACGUGACUUUUUUGGAUCCAUUUACCUUUUAACCCAGCAGCCACGGAGAGAGUUACGAAACAAACAAUUAAAAUCGAACAAAAAAAACAAGCAAAACCAAAACAAAAAAAAAACAAACAAGAGUUGAAAAAAUCCACUCUUUAAACUGUAGCGUUAAAAGAGAGGGAAAAAAUCAAGGAACGGUGGGAGAGGAUCAACAUACAAAAAAAAACGGUAGACUUUGGCUGGUAAACGAAAUGCGAACUAAUCAAAUCACAGACACACUCUUGAAAGCACAACUUCCUGGAGAAUUGUUAAAAGUGUGUUGAACUUGAAUGUAAUCAUUUUAAUUUUAGAAGAACUUCAACUUUUUGGUUGUUAACUUUGAAAAUCGGAUCUUGAAUAUGUCGCUACCCCCUUUGGACGUACUCACCUGACAAACAAAUUCCGUUCUCAAUACGUUUCGACAAGGGAUAUAAACACGAUAUUCAAAAUUGAAAACUAGCUAAGAAUUCGAAAUUUUUACCGGAGUCGUCUCAAGGCUUUCUUUAUUACUGAAACCAUUUGGGCGUUCCGUAAUUGCACCCUCAAGGUCAAUGUUUUGAGGAGGAAUAUAGACACAGUAUUCAAAAUUGGAAAACUAGCUUGAAAUUUUUGCAAGUAAACCAAUUUUAAAUGAGAGCCCUGGAAAUUGUCAACAUAUCGGAUGUACUUAACUGGUACUACAGAAAUCAGUGGAUCUUAUCUUAUUGAGGUGAUGCCCAAGCAACCAAAUGUCACAAAUUUAAUUGAAUGAAGGCUUUGAAAGUUACAUAUUGGCUGACAAAGAAAAUCAAUUGCCUAUUUCCCUUAAGUGAACUUUUUGUAUACAUUAAUGAACUUGAAAGUUGUAAAAGUGAUUGACAUGUACGUUGUAUGUGACUUAUUUUGACCAAUUCCCAUGAGUGAACUAUAUGUACUCAUGAAUGAACUUGAAAGCUGCAAAAGUGUUUAUAUGUACCUUGUAUACAAAAAGUGCAUUGAGGAGCUUUCAAAAUCAAAUCACCACAUCGAGUUUGAGUUUCAGUUUGAACAACAUCUAGGCGUGGUCUAGUGAUAGCGUGUUCGAUUCUCACCACGAAGGUCGGGGUUUGAUCCCCAAACCGGGCAAUUUUUUUUUUCAAUAAGUAAAUUGGUAAUUGAGUGACCAUUCUGAUGCGAUAUAUGUAGGAAAGAAGCAAUUGAGCAAUUUGUCGAGUUUGGAAUCCGGUGCGUGGCAUCAUGGCGGCACCAUGUACAGAUCAUAGUAAAUAAUCAAGAGAAGGUGAUAUGAACCGAUGCCAAGGGUGCAGUUGAGAUAGAGAAAGAGUUUAUGCUCAUUUUACGAUUUUUUGGAAGCUGAAUAAAAAGGGCCGCUAGAAGCUGAAUAGAAGAUCAUUAAGACUUGUUUUGGAACUUUAAAGUAUCAAUAAAAACUUAAAUUUUGAGCUGCAUUGACCGGAUUUCGUAUCAAUGAUGGGGCUGAGUAAGCGUUUUUUGAAAAGGAAAAGACAUACACCGUCUUAGCCGAUUUAGGCUUUACAGACUGAAUAAAUGACUUGGACAACUUAAGAUUAACAUUUAACACCCAGUACCGGGAUGGGAAUCGAACCCAUGCCAUCAGUGGACCAGCGAUUACCGUCUUACCUCGCUAACCACUCGACCACCGAGACGUACUGUUUUAUGGGACUUUCGGUUGCUUGGGUGGUCACUCCAAUGUGGAAUAGACAAUCGUUUUAAACUUUUGUUCAGGCCACUCAUCUUAUUAUCUGACGUUCACUAGAGUAGUAAAAGAGGGCUAAGAUUUGUAUUCUAAACAUCAAUAACCACCCCACCAAUAUGGGUAGAAACAGUUUUUGACUGGCUAAAGUGCUAGCCGUGGGUAAUUUGAGAAAAAAAUGGCAUGAAAAAAGGGAACAAAUUAAGCGGGCCUACCUUUAAAAAAAUCUUCCCUAAUCGUCUUUUCACAGUUGUUGUUGAUACGGUGUGAAACAAACACUAUUUGAAAAUUUGUCCGAAUUCGUUCUUGGCAGGAAACUCCCUCGACAACCCAAUUCAAACCUCCACAUGCAAUUUACCAGAGCCGUUGGCUCACCUAAACGUUCCUACUAAAGAGUGUCCAGCAUGGAAUUGCCACACACAAAAUUGAUUCGCAAAAUUCGAGAUUUUCAUCCGAUUGCCAUCAAAUUUUCAGGGAUUGAAAAAUAACUAUAAACUUCAUUUUACCAUUCUACUCGUAUUUUAUUCACAGUCUAUACGCAAAUUCCCACACCUUGGCCAAUUAACCCCGGCCAUAAGAUUCUGCACAACCUGUGAAUCAACCGAAGGUGCUGCUUCAUAAUCGCCCAGUACUUCUCGAUGGCCGGAGCUCCGGAGUGUUGGGAGGGUUGAACAUUUUCGGCACGAAAUUGACCUUAUUGUCCACAUACUUCAGCACGUCCUUGGAGUAGUGGCAUGAGGUCAAAUCCGACCAGAAGAUUGUUGGGACGUUGUGGGCCUUCAGGAGAGGAAACAACCGCUUCUGGAGGCACUCUUUCAUGUACACCUGUCCGUUUAUCGUGUCCUGGAUCACGAAAGGUGCACUCCGCUUCCCGCACAUGCGAUGGCUUGCUAAACCAGGAAUUUAUUCGCAAAUUUGAAUAUCUUCUGAGUGCGGACAUGCUCCGGAACGCUGAACUUAUCCUUGGCCGUGAAAAACAGGUUGCCGGAGAUCUAUUUGAAGUCGGCCUUCACAUCUGUUUCGUCGUCCAUGAUGCAGCAUUCAACUUUCGACAGCAUGUUGAGGUACAACUUCGUGACACGGAUUUUGCGAACUUGUUCUGCUUCUCGUCGCGAUUAGAGGCCUUCUGUACCUUGAACAUUCGAAGCUAAGCCAGUUUUGGCCUUCUGGACAAAAAACUACUUUAAAACUUGCAGGAUGUAAACAAUGCAUUGUGAACUAAAUUCAUCCAAACUUUCAUUAAAUUCUACCCAACGGUUAGAAAGUUAGAGAAAUUUCAUAGUGUGACAAUUUCAUUGUGGACGGACACCCUUUAAGCACGAUCGACUCUAACUUUUUUCACUUCAACGCGAGAUUAUUUGCGGAUUGUGGAAAACGACACUUCCGGACCUAUUUAUGUACUUUCCUGUGGGUUCUCUUCCGAUCCCUCCUUUCGACCCAAGCAUGUUCUUCAGGUGCAUUUUCUCCUUCGACUUACCAGAGUUUUCCUCGUUAGUAGUCACCUGGUUUGACUAGAGAGGCCUUUCUCGGUCACCGAAAGGACUAACCAUUUUGAUUGCUCCUUGAAGAAAAGGAUAGAAACUGAUAGUGACACUCUCGUGGUAAAAGAAUAUCACCAUAAAAACAACAAGGGGAUCAGGAUCAGGGUUGUUUCUCGUCUCGUUUUUAAGUAUUUUUAGCAGACAAAUAUUAUUGGUAUACUUAUCUGUAUGUUGCCUUCAGUGGAGGGCUCUGGACAACUGACCUCAACGAUAGGUGGAUACUGGAGAGGUUCGUUUCCCUAGUGAUUGAAAUAAACAUCAAUGAUGUUUAGCUUGAGUCAGGCUGCUUGACUCUCAUAAAAACUUUUUCAAAUGUUCGGGGCAGAGUCAUACUCUAAGAUCGAAAAAGAUUGAUGUUUAUGUUAAAUAAAUUAAAA